UACGGGUUUCAGUCAACGAAUACUUAUAGCGAUCUGAUCAUUUGCCGGACUUAGACAUGAUUUCCGGUUCGGUUUCAUUGAUUCGCAAUGAGAACGAGAGAAGCUUAGUGCGGGCAACCACACUCUCUCAGUGUCCCAUUGUCGAAGAUCCCCAAAUCGUAUUGAUUUCCUAUGCGAAGCGCUAUAUGGAUAUUGCCCGUCUCAUACGAUUGAAGUUUAUAGCACAAGUAUGUCCCAAGCUGCGAGUGGAAGCCUUAGAGCUGGCCAUCAAUCACGUAAAGAAGACAUACAAUGUAAAGAUGUACGAGGAGCUGUACCGUACGCUGUGCACCGAGCGGGAGCGCACCAUGAACGUAGUCGAAGCGAAUGACGAGGCAGCGUCCAGUUCGGGUGCUGCCUCCGUUCAAACUAGAAAGGUCAGGAGAGAGAGCGUCGAGGCACAUCAAUACGAUGCCUACUGGGUGGAGGAUAAUACGAUGGAGUCAACGCUGCUGCUGCAGGAGCUCGAUGCUGAGCUCAACUUCAAGAAAUCGAAUUCGGGCAGCGCCUAUGUGCGUCGCAUACUUGAGGAGAUUGGCGACUACCACGUGAAGAGCGGGAAUCUGCAAUUGGCUGUGAAAUUCUAUGCGCGGGCCCGACCCUAUUGCACCAGCAGCGACAAUGUGAUCAAUAUGUUCCGUAACUUGAUACGAGUUUCCAUUUUUAUGUCCAACUGGUGGCAUGUGCUCAGCUACAUUGACGAGGCCAAGCAGUAUGCUCUGGGCUUUCCCAUUUUGGCGCGCGCUGUGCCCGCCCAGCUCAGCUGUGCCGCUGGCCUGGCCAACAUGGGCCUGAAAAUUUAUAAGACGGCAGCGCAUUGCUUCCUUCUGACGCCCUAUGAUCAAUACAAUUACGAUAAGAUUGUGGCGCCGCAGGAUGUGGCAUUCUAUGCGGGCUUGUGCGGUCUGGCCACCUUGGAGACAGACAUGCUGAAGCUGGGCUGCCUCAAUUCCGAAAAAUUCAAACCGUUCUUUAGUCUGUCGCCCAUCAUGUGGGAGAUAUUGACCAAGUUCUUUAAUAACGAAUUCGAUCUCUGUGAACGAAUGCUGCGUGAGCUAGAGAGCCGUGUGCGAUUGGAUAUAUACUUGGCACCGCAUGUGGAUGCUCUCUAUAACAAGAUCCAGAUACGAAUUCAGGAUAGAAGACAUGCAUGUGCUGCAUCCUCAUCUAAAAGCUCAACCACAACGUUGGUAGAAACGAGAGACACAACCAUCUACUUUAAAGACGACUUAUAACCAGCAGAAAAGCAAAU